AUGUCUAGCAGAAGGUCACGUUCGAGGCAAUCAGGGUCUUCCAGGAUUAGCGAUGAUCAGAUAUCCGAUCUCGUUUGCAGGUUGCAACAGCUUAUUCCUGAGAUGCGCAAUAGGCGUUCGGACAAGGUUUCGGCUUCAAAAGUGCUCCAAGAGACUUGCAACUAUAUUCGGAGCUUGCAUAGAGAGGUCGAUGAUCUGAGUGACCGAUUAUCGGAGCUUCUCGAGUCGACUGACGGAGACUCGCGCAGUCGCGAACGCAGUUUCUUAGCGAGUGUACGCCUAUGCCUCGACGAUGGAUGCAGUUAUCUACGGGCGAUGUCGCGGUCAACAUCUAGCUAUGUACGGGCGAUGUCACGCCGUCGUCAAGGACUGUGUGCGGGAAAUGUCGCGCGGUCGAUGCAACUGUCCACGGCUCUUCACGAAGCUUCAGCUUCCAUCAAGCCAUACUUCUUCCUGGUGAUCGGAAAAGAAGCAUCUCUAUUAGCUCUUGCACUGUUUGCUUCCAGUUGUCAUAUUUUAGUUCUGAUGAGUGAUGUUAUUUUGAACUCGGAAUUAAGUGGAAGCUGUGCUUCAUUUACAUUUGUCAAUCUGCUAACAGAAGCCGAAUAUCUGAUGUUGUAUUAUGUUUUCAUCAAAGUGUUGCAGUGGGAAACAGUACUUCCUGUCAAGUCGCCAUUUUGUGGUCCUCUACGUGGGAUAACGCAUGUUUAUCUAUCUUCAGAAGAGCUUGAAAUGCUUGUGAUUGUAGAAAUGAGUCCAAGUGGUUAUACUGCUGAAGUUACAAGUCUGUCUCCAAAUGCGUCUGAGAAGGAUGUCUAUGAUUUUUUCGCUUUCUGUGGUGCAAUUGAGCAUGUUGAAAUUGUCAGAGCUGGUGAAUAUGCAUGCACAGCCUAUGUGACAUUCAAAAAUCCUCAUGCUCUAGAAACCGCUGUCUUGCUCAGUGGUGCUACUAUCGUGGACCAACCUGUCUGCAUAACCCGUUGGGGACAUUACGAAGACGACUAUAAUAUAUGGAAUCAUCCCUCAUGGAGAAUUGAAGAUGAAAGUAGUACUACAAGUACGAACACCCAACCACUCCGAGUGGUCCCAUCUGCCGGAGAAGCCGUCUCCUUAGCCCAGGACGUGGUGAAAACAAUGGUUGCCAAAGGGUAUGUGCUUGGAAAAGACGCGUUCGGGAGAGCCAAAGCAUUUGACGAGUCUCACCAGGUGUCGGCAACUGCAGUUGCCAAAGUGGCGGAGCUCAGCGAGAGGAUAGGGCUGACCGAAAAACUGUUUGCCGGGGUCGAGGCUGCUCGAUCGGUCGAUCAGAGGUACCACAUUUCAGACACCACGAGAACGGCUGUGUCGGCCACGGGCAGGACAGCACUGUCGGCGGCUAAUGCGGUGGUGAGUAGCAGUUACUUCUCGAAAGGGGCACUCUGGGUGUCAGGUGCUCUGAAUCGGGCGGCUCAGGCGGCCGCGGAUCUGGGGAGCCGUGGAAAUUUGGGGAAAUGACGAGUUUGGCCCUGGGAUGGGUUGUUGACUUUGGGUACCAUUGUGUUUGUGUAGAUAUGGUGUUUAGUAUGUGAGCGAGGUGGGGAGAGUCUUGUUAUAAGAUUAAGUGAUUGUUUAGUAUGGGGAUUGUGAUUUUAGUAUAGGAAUGGUUUAGACUUAUAUAUUUUACUGGGUAGCUGGAGGCUCGAGUUGGUGUGUGUGACUGUGUGAAUGAAUGCAACGCACCUCUGAAUGAACAUACUACUUGUGACAUACAUAUGUAAUAUAAAAUAUUACUAUAAUUUAUGUCAAACCGUGAGUUAAAAGUUCAA